AUGAAGAGGAGGAGCAGCUGGUCUCGGUUCAGUCUGUCGCAACGUUUUCUUCUUUUCUUUGUUUCACAUGAAAAGUUCUGAUGCACAAACUCUGACCGGAUCAAACCGGAUUCAAACUGGAUUAAACUUGGAUCAAAGGCGGAGGACCAGCGGGACCCGGACCCGGACCGGGACCCGGAGCGAAUCAGAGUAGACUGGACUCUACUUCAGGUCUGGUUUCUGGGUGUUUGGAUCAGAAUCCGGAUCAUGGGUCAAUAGGACGGACGGACUUUGUGGAAACUUUUAUUUGUGUCUCCAUGGAGAUGGGAGUUUUUCCCGCCAGUUGAGGAGUUGAUCACACUGAUCGAGUAUCAAUACUCUGUAUUGAUCGUGUAUUGGUCAGAGGGAUGGCCGCGCUCCUCCUGCUGCUGCUCGCGCUCUGGACCUGCACACACGCCAAGAGCGCGUUCCCGCUGCGACCCGCUUACAGUCUGUACGCCGGCGGGCACGCGCACGGAGCUCGCGCCGCCAGCAGACACAGGAACUGGUGUGCGUUCGUUGUGACAAAGACGGUGAGCUGUGUGGUCGAGGACGGAGUGGAAACCUACGUGAAGCCUGAUUAUCAUCCCUGCAGCUGGGGGAGCGGACAGUGCAGCAGGGUGGUGGUCUAUCGGACCUACAUGAGGCCGCGGUACAAAGUGGCCUACAAAAUGGUAACAGAGAUGGAGUGGAAGUGCUGCCAUGGUUACAGCGGAGAGGACUGCAAUGACGGUCCAGUUGGAGGAGCAGGAACCCAGAUUUCCACCACCAGACCUCAGCCCAGACCGGGACAGGGAGGAGGGUCGAGCUAUGGACAGGGGGGAGGUGGACAGGGAGGAGGCAGUUCUGGAUCUGGACCGAGUGGAGGACACAGCGGACAAGUUGAGAAUGAGAAGAUGAGGCAGCUGGAGGAGAAGAUCCAGAGUCUGACCAAGAACCUCCAGGACCUUCAGUCCACCUUGAACACCAUGAAUGAACACUUCCAGCAGGAGGCCAACAAACCAGGCUUCAGUGGAGGAGGAGGAGGUACCUCUUCAGGAGGAAGAAACCCUGCUGAUGCAGCUCAGCCGGAGAUUAAAGAGACAAUUCACAGCAUUCAGACCAAACUGGACCAACUGGACAACCGCACACAGCUGAUGUGUCUCCAACAGGCCCAUGAUAAAACCCUGGUCAGCAUCAACAACCAUCUGGUGAAUGGGAAAGGGAAUGACCUGGAUGGAGGUUUGUCUGGAGGAGGACUGAGUGGAGGGAGGCUGAACUUGCUGAAGGAGGAGAUCCUGAGGGAGUUGGAGAGGAGGGUGUCGCUGUCCUGCUCUUCCUGUCAGGCUGGUGUGGAGGAUCUGCGCAGACAACAGCAGGCGGACAGAGAGAGUAUUAGAGCUCUGGAGAAGCAGCUAAAUGCCAUGGAGGUUCGGUAUAGGCAGAGCCUGGAUGGGCUGCGAGGGGAGGUGGUGCGUUCGCAGGGAUGCUGCGACACUGUCAAUGCCCUCCAAAAUCGCAUUACUGACGCUGAGCGCAAGAUCAGCACAGCCUCAGAGAACUUUGAUGUUCUGCAGAACCGCCUGGACAAGGAGCUCAGCGGAGGAGGCGGCUUCAUAGGAAGAGGUUUUGAUGGUGGCAUCGGGGGAGGUGGGAGGGAUGUUGUGGUGACAGAGGAUAGACUGGAAAAUCAACUAAAAGACCUGGAGCGGCAGAUCAACAAUACUGUGCAGUGGACAGAGCAGAGCUGCUCAUACCUAGAGAAUGACCUGAAGGACUACUUCCACAGAGAACUGGGGGACCUGAGGACAGUGUUCUUGGACCGGUUCGAUGACCAGGCCUUCAGGAUUGCAGAUGUGGAGCUGGAAGUGGGGCUGGUGAAGGACAGGGUGAGCGACCACGACAAGAGGCUGUCGAAGCUGGAAAACAAUACCUCACUCCUGAGCCGGAAGCUGGAGGAGUGCAGCUGUGGAGGGUCUAGAGGAGGAGGAGGACGAGUAGAUGGUGACCAUGCAGAUGGAGGAGGAGGAGGUGAUGGGGAAGCAGGUGGAGAUGGAGGAGGAACUACAGGAGGAGAUACACAGGGAGAAUUAUCUAGGACGGGGGGAGAAAGAGAAAAUACAACAGAGAAAUCACUGGAGUGGAGAGUGGUCGCCAACGAGGAUCAGAUUCAACACUUUAACACUCGACUCAAAGACCUGUCGGUGUCUGGAGACUCUCUGUACGACAAGGUUGUGGACCUGAGCCAUGAUGUGCGUAAGAUCAAGGCUCUGACCGGGGAUCACGGCGAACACUUUAACCGAAUCGUGACAGAGGUGGAGCUGUUGGGGCAGGACUGCGAUUUAUGCAGGAAGGUUGAGGACGAGCUGCAGAGGCUAAAGAAUCAUUCCCAGGAUUCACUGGGGCGCAUGCAGAGCCACAUCAACAGACUCCAGAUCAGACUGGACUCAGGGAAUGAAGGCUGCUUCCAGAUCUGUUCACAACUGGAGGAUGAAGUCCGCCUGCUGCGAGAUGACGUCAGGAGGUGCACUGGCCAAUGUAAGACCAGGACGGACACCCCCACAGGUGGUGGUUCUGGUAGUACUGGUGGCACUGGUGGUACCAGUGGACGUGGACCUGGGUUGGACGCUGAGAAGCCUUUAGACGGCCACAGUGUGAUCGGAGGCUCCAUCAACAGCAACCAGCUAAAGACACUGCAGGGUGAAAUAUCUGAGGUCAUCCUCACCUUCAGCUCCAUCAACGACACCCUGAAGGGGCUCGAACACACGGUGCAGAAACAUGGCAGCGUCAUCACGGAUCUUGGAAACACCAAGGAUAAGAUAAUCUCUGAGCUGGACAAAAUCCAGCAGGAGGUGACGGAGCACAUCGAGGAGAGCGCCGACCGUCUGGACCGGAUGGAACGGGAUGUCCGGCGGGUCGAGAGCACGCUGCUGGUGGAGAUGGGAGACUGUAAGAGGUCUGGAGACGGGCUUGAGAAGAGGCUGUCAAAGCUGGAGGGAGUCUGUGGGAGGUUGGACGGUGUCUCCGACUCCAUCCUCAAGAUCAAGGAAGGACUGAAUCGACACGUGUCAAGCUUGUGGACGUGUGUUUCUGGUCUGAAUGAUUCAGUUGUCCAUCACGGAGGAAUCAUGGACUUUAUUCAGAAGAACCAGGACGAUGUCUACAGCAGGAUGAAGAACCUGAACUCGAGCCUGAACCAGGUCCUCAAAGACCUGCAGAGCUUCUCUGAGCACGACAUGACUGGCCUGCCUGGACCCCCAGGACCCCCAGGAGAGAGAGGCUUCAAUGGGCUGCCGGGUCCCCGAGGGCCUCUCGGACCUCCUGGACGACAAGGUGAUAGUGGAGCACGAGGUCUGCCCGGUCCCAAAGGUGAACCAGGUCUGCCUGGUGUUGAUGCUCAUGUACCCAGACUGUCGUUCUCUGCUGCUCUCACUGUGCCCAUGGAGAGAGCUGGAACCAUCGUCUUUGACAAGGUCUUUGUCAAUGAAGGAGACUUCUAUGACCCAAGAACAGGUAAACAUGAGGGAAGGCUGCGUCUCAGUCGGUCAUCCACUAAUCACAAGGUAUUUUCACCGCCCCCAUAGACGGACAUUACUUCUUCAGUGCCAUCCUGACGGGCCAUAAGAACGAGAAGAUCGAGGCGGUUCUGUCUAAGUCUAACUACGGCAUGGCACGGGUGGACUCUGGAGGCUACCAGCCUGAAGGCCUGGAGAACAACCCUGUGGCCGAGGCUAAAACCACUCCAGGAUCUCUUGCCGUCUUCAACAUCAUUUUGCCUCUGCAGACUCGGGACACGGUCUGCAUCGACCUGGUGAUGGGCAAACUGGCCCACUCUGUGGAGCCCCUCACCAUCUUCAAUGGCAUGCUGCUGUAUGAGGACAUGUGAAGGGUUCAUUCGGAUGUCUAAAUAACGAUGAGGCCAGAGAACCUGAACAACACCGUUUAAGAUUCAUGACAAUCCCACAGGAGGCUGCACCAUAAAGUAUGAUGUCACUUCGUCAUUCAGGAGUACAAUGCUAAUGAUGACAGAAUAUUUUAAAUGAACCUUCAGUCCUGAACAGAUUUGUCUCCAUAUUCUAACAGAUCACAUUUGUUUUAUGUUAUUAUUCUAAAGAGUGUUUGUCACUUCACAUGUAGACGACAGCAGGGGUCGAUUUACUGUCUGACUACUUUAAUCCAGUCAACUGAUCUGAUGUGGUCACAUGAUCUGACAUCAGAGCAGCACUGUGAAGACAGAUGUCCCUGUAAACCAGGAUCAGCUGAUACCUGGCAGGCCUGCUUCCUACUGCUGCUUGAAACUUUUAAACAACUUUUUGGAAGCACAUGAACUCUUGUGGUGAAGAAUUACAGUGUUAACAGUCUAAAGUGCUGUUAGCACCCCCUACAGGCUGCAGAGUUCAUCACAGCCAUAGGUCAGACGUUGUCAUGGCAACAUGUGACAGUGUGACUUUAAAAAUGAUGAAAAACAAAGACAGCUUUUUGCUCUGAAACUUUAUAAAAGCAGAAUGUGUUUUCUGUUUGAUCUUAUGACUAAGAUGAGUUCACAUUGUGAAUGUUUUAUAUUAAGCUGCACCUUUUCUUGUUUUAUUAGUGUUUUUAUGUCCUGCCAAGUAUUUAAGCCAUUAUCACAUAAUUUUGCUUUGAUGGACAAAUGUUAAAAGACAAGGCUGGAAAUACUUUACAUUUUCUUGCUGUCAACAAAUCCCAUUAAAAGACAAGUGAUAGAAGAAAUAUUCAGAUCCUUUACUUAAGGAGAGGUAGUAAUACCACACUGUGAACAUACUGCAUUACACCGUGUCCUAACUGAAUGUGACACGAGCGAGCGUCAGCAAACAAAAUAAGUUAAACUGCAUUGUUUUCUAUUGGAAUGUCCUAACGGGUGUGCCGUUUUGAGCUGAACUUUUGUCUGAUGCCCUGUUUCUAUUUUAUUCCUGUUGCUUGCAUUGAAAUCGCUGUAACAUGGAUCAGGAACGGUUGAUUCAUGAAGUUGACAUGAGUUAACCUAAAUAAGGUGGCAGCUGGCUGGAGGGAGAUUGCCAGGGAGCUGGAAGUUUCUAGUUAGAAGAUUUAUUUUUGUGUGUUUUCUGUCAGGAUGCUCAGCAGAGCUUGCUAGCUUGCAGUAAAGAAACAUCUAAACAUCACAAUAUAAAACUUGUGUUCUCUGUUUAAAAAGUAGGCCUACAAACGUAACUAGUUAGCAAGUACUCACCCAUCUUUUACUUGAGUGGUUAAAGUCUCCAGUCUGAUUUUGAGCACACAGCUUAUAGGUACAUGGUUUAGUUACAUGAAAACAGACGUGCAUAUAUGACAGAUUCAGUGUAGACAGAGAGCAUCCAAUGUCACGCAAUGAGACACGAUGGUCGGACACUCGCAUUCAGUUAGGACACGGUGUUACAGGUAAAAUCCUGCAUUCUAAAUGUUAUUUAAUGCUGCAGCACUUAACUGUUGUCUCCCCCUUCUGGCAGUGAGAAUAAUUACACAAACACUGAUGACACGUGCUGAUGAUGUUUACCUGCAGUGAGCUCCAGGCUUGUGUUCAGGAAUAGUUACAGAAAUACAGCGAAGUUUCCACAGGUCCAAGACAGUAAUCCAUUAUUAGGUAGAGUAAAUGUAAAAGCUGCACAGCCUUCUCCAAAUAUUUUACCAGCCUGUCCGAGAGCAGUCACGUGACGUCUGUCUGUCCUCAGCCCGUCUCGCAGCUCUCUAGCAUGGAAAAGCUAAAGCUACACCAGUGGUUAUCCGUGUUUGUCCUCGCCGUCGAUCGCUUUCUUGUUUAGACAGUAAUCCUUCCUCUGAACGCCCAGUUUCUGUUUUAUCUGGAGCAUCAGACACUUUUCUUGGAGCUUCUUAGGUUUUCCUCCCAGCUGCUGCAGGCCACUGCGUUGCUGCAGUCGCUCCAGAGCCGUGUAGAGAGAGAGUUGCAUCAACUCUGUUCAGUUUCAAUUCAAGUGGCUUUAUUGGCGCGACUGCAUAUAACACAACAUUGCCAAAGCAUAUUAACACAAGCUAUACAAUCAUAAUAAACAGUAAACAGUAAGCAAUGAUCAAUAAUAACGUUCUCUCCAGUGGACCUUUUUACAGCAUGGCUCUGGGUUGCUUCCUGCUUCCGCUCCGGCUAACCAAUCACUGCUGGUUGGCGUAAAACACAUCAUUACCGGUGCACCAGCGCGGGAACGUCACCACAGACACCAGAUUUAGAAACUCUGUAUACGGCGAAUAUAGAGAGAUUCACCUGGCAAUGACAGGGUUAAUCAGCACUGUGUGAACUCAUUUGGCAACAGCUUGAACGUAAUGGAUGUUCAUUUAUAUGUAAAAGUAUGAAAAAUGUACUUAAAGUAUUAAAAGUAAAAGGACAACAAUGGAGAUAUGGCACAGAGGAAUAAGAUAUAACAGGCUCUGAUACACACACAAUACUUGUUUGUAGAUACAUUCAGUGCUGGUUUGAGUCAGAACAAGAGAUUUAUUGACAAAAAUAGAAACAUUCGGUAUCAUCAGACUUGUAGUUUAAAACUAAUGUUAAGCACAUGCAGCUGAGCAUGAAGAACAACACAAUCUGAUGUUUCAUCUGAUGAUGGUUGUUUUGAGGAUAACGCUCAUUAUUAUGACAACUGCCUGAGAAGGAAAUAUGAACUAUUUUAACUAAAUCACUACAACAGAUCAACACAUUCAACAGCUCCAUCUGUAACCUGUUUGUCUCGACUCUUCACUGUCUACAAACAAACUGAUGAACCAGAGAUGACAGAUAUUUAUAACACUUAUACUCUGAUUAUCAUCUUCAUUUAUACUGAGAAAAGCACAGGUGACUGAGUGGAUUUUAGAAACGUUAUUUUCUGACAGGCUUUAGCGCCAGCUGUCGUGUAAACCUGUUUUUACAUUUCACCCUUUUGUAUUGAUGAAUCAUUUUCACUUCAUUAAAAUUAUCACAAGCCAAACCCA